CGUAUUUUUCGUUUAAAACUAUUGGUCGAUUUGAUCUCGGUGUGUUGCUUAAAAGAAAUAAAGUAGUGUUUGUUAUUACGCAAGGAGACUGGUGUGUUUAGUUUUCGUAUUCGGACGCGCCCGCGCACAUGUUAGAAGGAAUAAAGGAGAGAGAGAGAGAGAGAGAGAUAGAUAACAGAGAGGGUAGGUCUUUGUGUAGUAGUAGAAACGUUGCUUGAAUCGAAACACUGCUGCCUGGUGAGACGAAGACGAACGACAACGACGACGAGGACACACUGCAUCGAUAGAAACGAACUGAGUUUAAACGUCGAAGAAUUAAGAGUGUGCGAGAAAAGGACAGAGAAAGCGAGAGAGGUACACGACCGUCGGUUAUGUUCCAUUGGAAAGAAGAAGAAGAAGAGACUGAGCUAAUGCCUUAGGAUAGAAGAAAACAACAACAUUUUAUAAGUCAUACCAAUGACGUAAGAUUUGAAAUAACUUACGGAACAAAGCUAGAGGAGAACAAAAAUUUCGAAAGAUAUUUCAUCAUUUUUCGGUGAAACUCGGAAACAAGGGCGAGAAGACACGUGACGUAUUUCCGGAAGAAAGCACAAAAGGGAAACCUGGAAGAAGCGAAAAUGGGUGAGAAACGUGGUACGAAAGCUCUCGAGCUCUGGUGCAGACGAAUAACCGAGGGUUAUCCGGGUGUAAACGUACAGAACAUGACCACCUCCUGGCGAGAUGGACUUGCAUUUUGCGCCAUGAUUCAUCACUUUCGUCCCGACCUCAUCGAUUUCAACAGCCUUAACAAGGACGACGUCUACGGGAACAACGAGCUGGCAUUCAGAAUUGCCGAGCAGCAUUUAGGAAUCCCCGCUCUUUUAGACGCCGAAGAUAUGGCUUCCUGUUCCAUACCCGAUCGAUUAUCGAUUCUAACCUAUCUUUCGCAGUUCUAUCAAACCUUCAAAGGAUCAUCUCCUAGCCGUUUAGCGACGAACAGAACAGUCGAAACAACGGAAGAAAGAAUCGCCCCGGUUCCAGAAUCACCAAAAGCCAAGGUGGGGUCGCGUCUGGGAAUGCGUCGAGAUCCGUGCGCGUCGUGCGGACUUCCGGUGUUCCUUGCGGAGAAGCUGGUGAUCGGACACGCUGCUUACCAUCGUACCUGCUUCCGUUGUGCCCGUUGUAGGCACCAAUUGAUGCCUGACAAUUAUUACGAGACCGAAGAGGGCCAGUAUUGCUGCGAGACCUGUCCCGACGAGGAGAGAACCUUUUUGUCGACGUCGACCUCGUCGUCGUUGUCUUUAUUGGCGAAUCGUCGUUUAGACAAUUUUAGCGACAAAAGUAACGGAGAACAAGAAGACGAAGAGGAGGAGGAGGAGGAGGAGGAGGAAGGAAAAGAAGAAGAAGAGGUAGAAGUUGAAGGAAAAGAGGUUGUUGUUGAACAGGUUGAAGAAGUCGAAGAAAAAGCGAAAAUGGUGGACAUAGUGGAUAACCGAGUUUCCGGUUACGGCCACCGAAGGUCUCUCAAUGACGAAGAAAAAGCUGAACGGAAAAUGGUAUUAGAAUUAAAGGACGAUGAGGAAGUCGUUCUUGCUAGGAAACGAUCGGUAGACGCACAGAUACCAGAUUUGAUAUCGCAGACCUCACGAAUGAGGCUCGACUUUAUGGCGAGUCAAUUAUUCUCGGAGAAAAAUAUGGAGAACAGAGAGAAUGUUAAUGAUGAUGAUGAUGAUGAUGAUGAUGAUGAUGAUGAUAAUGAUAAUGAUAAUGAUAGAACUAUGAAGAAGAUAUUUUCAGGAGAAAAUAAUGAAGAAUUAAGGGAGGAAGAUGAUGAUGAGAAGGAGGAGGAGAAAAAGAAGAAGAAGGAAGACCUUCGUACGGAGGAGGAAUCGACGAAUCUCGAUGACCGACCUCGACCAAGAUCGUCGAGUAUCGUAGAUACCAAGAAUUCCAAAGAGGAAGCCAACCUGCUUCCAAAAUCGGAGUCAAUUAUUAUUACUCAUUCGAAUUGCUCAGCGACGACACCUUCGCAAGAUGAAACGACGCUUUCGCUAAGCGAUUCGAAUAAAAUUCAAAUACCGUCCCCGCCUGUUAGAGCACACAGGAGGAACAAUGUGCCAAAGGAGGAAAUUGUUAAGAGUCCCAUAAGUGAGAGUACCGAGUAUAGGGAUGAUAGUAGAAUCCAAGAUUCUGUAGUUGAUGAGUCUGUUGACAGCGUUAUUUUCUUAACUGCUCACGGAAAUGAUCCCUCCACCAGUGAACAAUAUCCGGAAGAAUUAAAUCCUUUUAAAAGCGACGAAGAAAAUGAGGAAGAAUAUCACAGUGUUUCGAAUGCCGCUCAAGAUAUUAGCAAGAUCUCGACGAAUCCUUUUGACGAUGAUGUUGCUAAUGAAGAGGAUGAUGAAGAUAAAAUAGAGAAAGAGGUGCUUCCUUUGCCAGCAUCGAAACCAACUGUUUUACCAGCCAAACGGCGUUUGAUUGCACCACAGAUCAGUCUCAACCCGUUCUCCAGUGACGAGGAAGAUGAACAUGAAAGUGAUACGGAAAACAAACGAGGACUCGUGGUACCUGGUACAGUACCUAUACCUAAGCCACGUACCAUCACAAGUACAGCCGAGUUAGGAUUGACUCUACGUAAAUCGGAGCUAAAUCGUAAAAGCGUUUAUGCAUCAAACAGUUCCAUAACUAGUUCGGAAUCAACCUCUACGCCAGGUGGAACGUAUAGAAAGAAAAAACCAGCACCGUUGCCACCGACGGCCAAAGAAUUGUUCCCUUCCCCCGGCUAUCGCAGCGUGUCUCCCCGUACUACACCACGAACACGAAAGGCGAAGCCAGCUCCUCCUCCACCUAUAGCUACGAGCACUCCUAAUGAAUCAGUCAAUGCUCCUCUGCUUCUUGAAGAAUCAUCGAUAAUUCAGGCCGAUGAAAUCGCCGAUACUCGUGUUAAUAUGUGGGAAGAUCAGAAAAAUAACAAGGACGAAGCUAAUAGAAAUAGGCAGAGCUUGACUAGCAUUUCUUGCGUAGAAAGUUCACAAUUUAAAUCUUAUCCGGAUAAGAGUGUUCAAGGAAAGUGGAAGAGAAAGAAGGGUCCGGCGCCACCGCGUCCAACACCACAUCGAAGAAAAAUCAAAGUUAUGUCAAUGAAAGAUGUCAAAUUAGAAUUGGAUGAAAUAGAAUUACAGCAGCAAGGGUUAGAAAGACAGGGUGUACGUUUGGAACAAUUAAUUAGAGAUAAAUGUGAAACUGGGCCUCGAGCCGAUGAAUCUUCUCUCAGUAUGGAUGUCGAAGAAUUAAUUUUGGAAUUAUUUGCUUUGGUAAAUGAAAAGAACGAAUUAUUCAGGAGGCAGGCCGAAUUAAUGUUACUUCGUAGGCAACAAAGAUUGGAAGAGGAGCAUGCUGAUGUUGAAUAUCAAAUACGUUGUCUUAUGUGCCAACCGGAAGCUACAAAAACCGAUUUUGAUAAACAGAGAGAAGAAGCUUUAAUACAAAGGUUGGUAGAAAUCGUAGAAAGGCGAAACGAAAUAGUAGAAUGUUUAGAAAUGGAUCGUAAAAGAGCAGUUGAGGAAGAUAAAAGUAUUAACAAACAUAUGGGAUUAUUUGCUGCUAGAAACAAAAGCGACGCUACCAAUAGUAACAAUGAUUAUUCUCCUAAUUCGACUAAAACGAAAAAAAGUAAGAUAAAGGAGAAAAUCAAAGAGAAGAAGUUUAAAAAAUUAUCUAAAAAAGAUGCCGAUAAGGACGUGGAUGAGACUGAAGUGAAACUCAAACGCCAUAACAAGCGGAAAUGGUUUUGAGUUUAUUUACAAAUAUUAACUGUUAAAUAUUACUAGCUAUAUUAAAAAAUAGCAAAUAAGUCAGUUAUCGUUUAAUACUUUUAUAAAUAUUUUUAACGCAAGAUUUGUUAUUUAUAUAAAUAGGAAAGAUUACCAUUAAAAAAACACUAGGAGUAAAUCUAACUAAUGGUUUAAUAAAAAAUGAAUAUAUAUAUUUCUUACUUGAUCGCUAUGAUAAGAAGACGAACGUAA